AUGAGUUGUGAUAUCAGCUGUUCUUCUAACUCUACCAUUUCUAAUUUCAUAACGGGUCCUAAUGCUGUAGGAGCAAGGGUGGGGUUGGCAGGGUUAAGCACUUCCCAGGACUCUGGUUGCUUUCUGGAGGAUCUGGAAUCUGGGGGCGUUCCUAACUCUCAGCUGGAUGCCACGCCCCUGGGUGUCUGGGGAAAUAGUUCUGCCUCCCCCUCCCUUGUUGCAGGGGGAGGAGGAGGAGGCAUUUAUCAACCAAUAAGUUUAUGUACCGGGUACAGAACCCGUCUACCUGGUACACUGGACUCCUUGGAACUAGUUCAGGAGACUGGAGGUAGCCGAUUACCUAUUCUGUCCGCUAUAAGAGACAGGAAACUAUGGAACAGGACUGGAACUCUCAGUUCAAUUGGAUUUUCUGAACUCAACUGUGAUCUAAACUGUGAUACUAAUGCUGCCCUGCUUCCGCCCCCAGAAAAGGCGUAUGUGUUGGCGGAGGGGAUACAAGAGCCCCCUCGGGAGCCUCCGCCCCUGUUUCUGGACCCUGAUGAGAGUAGUUUAGGGAGCGGGAGCUUUGGUACUGCUCCCUCCUCCCUCUCCUCUGAUACUGAUGCUUGUAAAAUUUGUCACUGCGGAGGAGAGGCUGGAGAUCCUCCUUUGAUAACUCCAUGUUUGUGUAGUGGAAGCUUGAAAUAUGUACACCAGGAAUGUUUGCAAAGAUGGAUAAAAAGUUCGGAUAUAAAAAAGUGCGAACUUUGCAAGUUCCCUUUUAUUAUGCAGUCCAAGGUCAAACCUUUCCGACAGUGGGAGCGGUUAGACAUGAGUACCCUCGAACGGAGGAAAUUAUUGUGCUCCGUCACAUUUCAUGUGAUCGCGAUCACAUGUGUUAUUUGGUCGCUCUACGUUCUUAUAGACAGGACUACUGAAGAGAUACAGACUGGAGAGCUUGCCUGGCCUUUCUGGACUAAACUUGUAGUUGUUGCAAUAGGAUUCACAGGGGGACUCGUCUUUAUGUAUAUACAAUGCAAGGUAUAUUUGCUGUUGUGUAGAAAAUGGAAGGCAUACAACAGGAUAAUAGUAGUACAGGAUCUACCGAUAGAUAUCCUGAUCCAGAAGCAGAAAGCUAUAAUAGAAGCGAGGAAACCAGGAAAAGAAUUUGAUAUUCCUGCAACAAGCUCAGCCGAUGGAUCCAGAUCGAGUUUAGUUCUUCCCGUUCUUCUACCUCUGAGUACAUCGAACCUGGAACUUCGAUCUGAUCGUUCAAGAACGGACUCACUUCGUUCCAGAGCGGAGCAUUUACACUCUGCAACGGAGUCCCUUCGCUCUAGAGAGGAGCAUUUGCACUCUGGAACGGACUCAUUAUCAGAUAUUGUAGGCUCUUCAAUUGUGAACCAAGGAGGUUAUUAUGAAAGGAGUUCUAUUCUUCCCUGGAUUCAGGAGACUUACAAUACCAAGGUUUGGCAGGAGGGGAGAGCUAAUCUACCAAAUUAUACUGAGACGGAGCAAAAUACAGAGCAAAGCAGGAUAGAGAACCCUGGAACUAAUAAAACAAGAACGGAUAAACCAAGACCCGGAGAACCUAGAACUGAAAGACCAAAGACUGAGAGAAAUGAAAGAACUAAACCCAGAUUAAUGAAUGAACAGGGUUUAAAAUCUACAGAACGAGGAUCUGAACAAUAUUCUAAGCAUACAGAUUUGAAUUUGCCCUAUCCUUCUCUUCUUCAUAAUCAGUUCUCCUUAACACAAACUAUUCAACUUUCUUCAUCUCCUUCUCAGCAGGAGGUUUCUGUGACAACAAUAUCUGGCCUAAUUCCUGAUAUAAAGGGCGGAGAAACUGGCGGAGAGGGCGGAACAACUAUUGCCCACCUACUUCAUGAGAUGGAAGGCGUUGACGCUAACGGCGGAGGCGGAGCAACUAUUCCAACACAUCUGCUAUUUUCAGGUUUAGAGACAAGGGAAGAGAGAGAUGGACGUAAUUGUAGAAAAAAUCUUCAAGAGCCAAUCUUAAUCUGUGAUCUUCCAGGUUUAAAUCUGCCUGUAGAACCAAAUAGAUCAAAAGAAAGAAAAACUAAUCUCUCCGAAGAAUUAAAGGAAAAAGGAGAAGAAAGAAUAGAAAGGGAGGAAGAAAGUAGAUGCGAGGAAGAAGAAGAAUGUGGAAGGGAAGAUGAUCAAGAGGACGAAGAUGGAAGAAGGAAAGGAAAAGAAAAGGAAGAAUUUACCUCUAAUCCACUGGACCGUCCAACUGUUUAUGCAAACCAAAAACUAGGUUCCUCCAAAGAUUGGUCGGAAAAUGUUGAUAGUGAAGAAACAAUGACCACCUCUGUUUAUAUUCCAUCUUUGAUAAGCCUGAUCCCUCCAACCCGUGGUCUUGGAGUCAGAGAACUAAACUAUCUUGACCAGGUCUACCAUCAUCAACAAGUUCCGCAGGGAGAUAAGGAGUUCGUUCUUGAUUUAUCAAUUUCUUACAAUAUAUCCGAGGAGGAGUGGGUUGAACCUAUAAACCCAGACAAGGAAUAUCUAAUAAAUCCACCAACUCUGUAUGAGGGUGAAACCAAUGCUAAAUUAGAAGAACUAUCAACUAAACCUUCAGAUUCGGAAGACAAGUCAAAAACCAACAAUACUGAAGAAGGAAAAGAAUUUGAAUCUGAACACGAAAGAGAAAGCAAAACAAAGGACUGCGAGAAGUUAAAGGAAUAUAAAACUGAUCAAAGUCUAGCAUCUGAAGAAACAAAACUUGAAAAGAAUGAUGCUAAAUUUGAAUGCUCUGAGACACAAUUAGACCUUGAUGAAUGUGCUGAGAAAAUAAAAGGAGAUGAUAUUCAACAUUUUGACAAUACUGAUUCUGAUACAGCAGAAGUUGUGGAAGAUAUCUAUAGAGAAGAAGAACUAGGAAACGAAAAUAAUGAAGACAAGGAAAACGACACUUUCAGUAUUGAAGACGACAUAAAAAUAGAAUCCAAAGAAUCUACAGAAAAUGACCUAGAAGAAAUAAAAGAGUCGAGAGAAAUAAACAAAGAAGAUAUAGAAACAAGAUAAAGAAAAAGAUACAGAAAUUAUUGAAAUAAAAGAAAUUUUAAAAGCAGCUAAAGAAAGUCUAGAAAACGAGGAUACACUUGUCUAUUAGGAAAAUCUAGGAGAGUUUCAAUGAAGCCAAAUGAUUAGAGAAUUAAUAUAGAUCCUUCUUAUUAUUUAAAGUAGAAGAGCACAAAAUCAAAUCAGCUAAAUUGGUUUUGUACUCAAAAAACAAAAAUCCUUGUUAUUGUAGAACCAUGACGAGAAAUUGCUAUUUUAAACAAACUGUUUUAAAAUUGGGGAACAAAUCUCAUUUACCUUAUUACAAACUAUUCUGACGAAUCAAUGAUAAACCGAAAAGAGAAAACCACUUGAAAGCUGUUCUUGCAAACGUAAACACCAAAAUGUUAUUUGUUAAUAUAAGGGUCAAAUCCUUCCGGAUUAUUGUUCAACGUUCUUUCGUUACAACUCAAACAAAAUCGAAGUAUUUAAAAGUAUUUAUACCCCGGGGUUGACUUCUCACUUCUUAUAUUUAGGGAUUCCAUUUUUUUCAGAAAAAUUUAAUCCCAUAGAGGUCUCACGGAACCUUUCCUGAAACUGUUAAGAAUAAUAAAUCAUUGAAACUUUUGGAAAUUAAUUCCACCCCUAGAUGCUACACAAAGCUAGGUGUGAAAUACUGAAAAAAAUAAAGUGUCCGAAUUUAAGGAAUUUAAGCUGCGUCUCAAAUCCCCCAAAACCGGUUUCAAUUG